AUGCGUCUGCUGCCUCACACCAAACAGGAGGAAGUAACAGACCUUUCUGAUAAUAGGCAGUUGAAUAUUCAAAGUGCAAAUCCCUUGCCGCCCACACGAGCUCAAAGUGACAAAAUGUCUGUGGCACAGCUACGUGCCCUUUCUGCUACGCAAUGGAAAAUAUUAUCUCAUCUUCGUGAUUACUUGACAAAACCCUCAGACAAUGGAUAUAUCUUUAACCUCACCAAAGAAUGGAUGGCUCUACUUCAAAAAUUGCCAUCACUGCAACCAUUCAGAGCUGCAGAGAAGACACUAAAAAGCGAAAGCAUCAACUCAAUGUCGACAACUUCAACCUUGUCUGCGUCUGCAACUGUCGACCAAGUGGAUGCUGCUGGGAUGGCAUCCAGUACGCUAAAUGCCAACGCUAAGCCUCCUGCAGAUUCUCCACCACCAGCCUCCUCAGCGGCAGCUGCAGACACUUCAUCUUCAAAGUACUCUCAGGUCUUCGCCAAUCUCAAACUCUUUGGAGGGAAUGGUGACAACGGCAAAGGCAAUGGAGAAGUGGUUCAAGAGAAAUCCAAGUGGCGCACUCAGAAGGAGGUUAUAUCUAAGCACACUGUGCAUUCUCGCACUCAGCAUGUGAUCAGUGCAGUGGCUUCAUCAACAAACACUGCAUCGAGGCUGAGGCGUUUGGAAGAUUUACUUCAGCAUUUUUACCAAUUUCCAGAGUCCAAAAUGUAUGCAGGAAAAGAAGGAGCUGUAAACGUUCUUUUAAGAGUGCGUAAUGAGGCAAGUGAUGAAACAACCAUAGCUUUAACACGAGAAAUACUGACCACCCUUGGCUACAUAGAUCCUGUACCUGGUCCAGGCAUUCGUGUUCUGUCUAUUGAUGGAGGCGGUAUUAGAGGAGUUCUUGUCAUUGAAAUGUUAAAGAAGCUCGAAGAGUUGACUGGGAAACGGGUUUAUGAAUUAUUUGACUACAUUUGUGGUGUCAGUACUGGAGCCAUUUUGGCAUGUGUCUUAGCACCUCAAAGAAUUUCACUUGAUGAAGUUUCUCAUCGUUACAAAGAACUGAGCACAAAAAUCUUUACUCAAAAUCCUAUUUGGGGCACGAGUAAUUUGGUCUGGAGCCAUGCCUACUAUGAUACAACAAUGUGGGAAGAUAUGCUCCGUACUUACGUAGGAGACACUAAACUUAUCCACACCAGCCGAGACCCCGUUUGUCCAAAGUUCAGUGCUGUGUCAACUGUAGUGAACCGUGAGCGAGUAUCAGCUUUUGUGUUUAGAAAUUAUGAACUCCAGCACCGCAUUCAGUCUCAGUACCUUGGAAGCAGCCAGCAUGCAACAUGGGAAGCAGUUAGAGCUUCAUCCUCUGCACCUACUUAUUUCGAAGAGUUUCAGCUCGGGGAUCUUCUUCAUCAGGAUGGUGGAAUCAUGGUAAAUAACCCAACUGCAGUGGCCAUUCAUGAAGCUCGCCUUCUGUGGCCUGGCGUUCCCAUUCAGUGUGUUGUGUCGUUUGGAACUGGGAGGUGUAACCCAGUGACUCAAAGAACUGAAGUUGCUGAAGUGGCAAAAGGGUCAUCUUGGAGGAACAAAUUCAACAAAAUUCUUGACAGUGCGACUGAUACAGAAGCUGUCCACACCCUUUUAAAUGACCUUUUGCCGGGCAAUGUGUACUACCGGUUCAAUCCCUAUCUUACUGAGAUGGUAUCCAUGGUGGAAAUUCGCCCAGAGAAGAUUUCUCAGCUUGAAAUGGAUGCAGAAAUGUACUACAGACGAAAUGAAGAAAAAUUCAAGGAGGCAGCUCAAGUUUUAGUCCAAAAGAAAAAUGCUGCUCAGAGAACCAUGGAUUGGGUCAGCCUGCAAACUAAACUAAUUGGACUGAAGUCGAACUUAUAGGUCAGGGUAAUGUUGUUGAGAGUUGUGUUUCAUCUUUUUGUUCAUGCUGAUGAAGUGCGUUCAGGCAAUCCUCUUCGAAGCCCUUUUCCAUGGCUUGUUCGGAUGGACAGUUUACUGUUGAUCUGUCAGUCGUUCAGGAAGCUAUUUGUCUUAUA